AUGAACGGUUUUGUCACAAAGAUGACCAUCGUUCGGAAACUACUCAUUCUCGACCUAAACGGCACUCUUCUUCUUCGCUCUAAACGCUCGCAUGGGGUCGCACCACCAAAUGGCGGGCCUCGGCCAAGAACCGUUCAUCGACGGCCAUACCUUUCCUCCUUUCGGGAAUACUUAUUUCAUCCAACGACGAAAGAGUGGCUCGACACGAUGGUUUGGUCAUCAGCGCAGCCAAACAGUGUUACAGACAUGGUCCACCAGUGCUUCGGAGAACAAAAAAGCCACUUUGUUGCAAUCUGGGCUCGCGAUACCUUAGAUCUCCCUCCAGAGUUAUAUCACCAAAAAACGCCUACCACGAAGGAUCUAGUUACACCUUGGAAGGUGUUCCCUCUGCACAACGCGCAAACGACUCUCCUCCUCGAUGACUCGGCCCGCAAGGCCCAUCGACACCCUUUCAACCACGUCUGCGUGUCAGAGUACUCUCCAGAGUCUCGAAGACGCGAUUUGUCUGUGCUUAACGCGUCAAAAGGACCCUCGCAACUUUUGUCUAAAAUAAGAAAGCAACGUCCUCAGCGAAACACAGUCGACGCUGCAGAAAUUCCAAGAGUUUUCGACGAGAUACUCCUGGCGGUUGUUGGCAUUUUAGAGACACUCAAGUCGGAGACCGACGUUGCAGGUUGGAUUAAAAACGGCGGCCUCGUCGAUCCCACCAGCCAAUCGCCGCCAUUUGAGCAAUCAUCAUCCAAAUCGACACCAGACGCUCUCGCUACUCAGCUAUCCCAGCUUACAAUGGACACGCCAAACGAAUCAUCAGCAUUUUCAAGGUGGUUCGAACAGAAUGAGGCCUUACACCACUGGGCUCAGCAAGGACGGGAUGCGCUCGCGGCUUUGGAAAUCGAAAUUGUCGCAGGUGUCCAUGAAUAG